AUGUCCAAAGGCGAACCCGAAAUUUAUUACUCGGAAAAGUAUUAUGAUGAUGAAUUUGAAUACAGACAUGUCAUUCUUCCAGAAAAGAUGGCUGAGAUGAUUCCUACUGAUCGAUUGCUUUCGGAGCGAGAAUGGCGAGGUCUUGGAAUCACCAUGUCGAGAGGUUGGGUACAUUACGGAAAUUCACCAUCAGAACCACAUAUUCUUUUAUUUAAACGAGAGAUUCCACAAGGAACGCCAAAUCCACGUGCGCAACAAGAACAAGAAUAUAAUGAAAUGAUGAAGCAACGAAAAAACCAGAAUUAA